CAAGCGGUUCUCUUUUUCUUCUCUUUGUUCAUCCGCCGAGCACACUGCCAUUUCCUGCCGCCGCAAUUUAUAGACUAAAAUCCUUAAAAGAAUUACAUAUUGUGGAAAGGCCUGCAUCUUUUGAGGAUUUUCCAUAUAAAUGAUCCUGGUAGAAUGUGUUUUUACGACAAAUUCUGAAAAGAAACCCCGAUUUUUCUAAUUUUUUUUUCGGCCAUGCAAUCGGGUCCUUCAUCUCCAAUGGCGACUUCGAACCUGCCCAGAAGGCUUCUCCUUCAUGAAAAAGUUGAGGUGAGGAGUGUGGAAGAGGGAUUUCUGGGUUCAUGGCACAGUGGUAGAAUAAUUGGUUGUGAAGAUUUGGCUCGUGUAGUCCAAUACGAUCACCUUCUUGAUGACGGGGGUUCUUCUAAUUUGACCGAUCGAGUGAAGGUGAGUCCUAUAAUUGAUGGUGUCGCCGUUGAUGAAAUUUUGGUGUCUGAAAAUUACCGGGGCUUGAUAAGGCCUUUGCAGCCUUUGUAUUCUCUGGGGCAAUGGCACCUGCACUAUGGACAAUGUGUCGACCUUUUGUAUGAGGAUGCUUGGUGGGAAGGUGUCAUAAUUGAUCAUGAAGAUGGACGUGAACAAAGAAGGAUUUUCUUUCCUGACAUGGGUGAUGAAAUGGUGGCCCAGAUAGAUAUGUUGCGGUUAAGUAAAGAUUGGGAUGAGGUUACUGGGGAGUGGAAAUCUCGUGGGAAUUGGUUGUUUCUUGAACUCAUAAAAGAAGUUGAGAAGGACUGGCCGCUGCCUGUAUCUGUGAAGCAAAUUUGGUAUGAAGUAAGGAUGAAGAAUGAAUUUCAAAAGCUUAUGGAAUGGACUUCUUCUGGAAAGUAUAUUUGGAGAGAACUGGUGUUGCAGGUUUUGUAUGACAAUUUAAGGAUCACUAUCGAGCAGCUCUUUGCAGAGUUGAAUUCUUCCUGGGAUGUGGAGGAGCUAGGGCAACCUUUGCUGGAAUUUUCUGAAACAGCUUUGGAUGUGGUUCUGAAUGCUGGCGGACUUUUGCCUGGUUCGCUCUCCGUUGUACCCCUUGAAGCUACUUUCCAGUAUGCUGCUAAUGAAGGAACUCUACUUAAUGAUCUGAAAAGCAGUGAGAAGGUCUCAGAACAGAACGAUGAAGCCCUCGUCUCAAUCAUGACCACCAAUGAGAUAGCUGAAUCCGGACCGAACAUUCCUUCGCCAAUUCUGUGUCAUAAUGCAAAUGAAGAGUAUGUAACUGGUUCUGGUAAUAACAAUGAAGCUCCUGCUAUAAGAAAGAAUCUGAAAAGCAGUGAGAAGGUCUCAGAUCAGAAUGAUGAAGCUCUCAUCUCAAUCAUGCCCACCAAUGAGCUAACUGUAUCCGGCCCGAACAUUCCUUCGCCAAUUCUGUGUCACAAUGCAAAUGAAGAUUAUGUAACUGGUUCUGGUAAUAACAAUGAAGCUCCUGCUAUAAGAAAGAAAUCGUCACUCAAAAAAAGACAUUCAACACGGAGAAAGACAACUGGCUGGAGGUCAUGUGUACCCAAGAUGGUACCUGGAGCUGAGUUUUGCCCUGAUGCCCUUUAUGAGUGUAGGAAGUUGUUUAGAUCGAAUAGCAGGCCUCAACAGAAGCUAACACUGAAUGCUAAAAAACAUCUGUUGCAUUUGGGUUGGAAAAUUGAGUAUUUUAUAGAUAAGCUAAUGACUAGAUUCCGGUAUUAUUCUCCUGAGGGGAAAGUAUUUGAUUCACUGGCUAAGGUUUGUAUGAAGUUCGACUGGGUAUCUCAGGAGUUGGAGCCUGGAUCUUCAGUGAUUAUGAGCACAAAUAUUGGCCAGAAAAGUUCUUUGUGUUUAUCCGAAGAAAUGGAUGUACCUCCACUGUCUAAAAAAUCCCUUGCUUCCAGUAAACUCAUUAAAGAAAAUACUCUUGAUAGGCCUGUCUUCGAGCCCGAUUAUUGUCCUGAGGCAGUGAGAGAUUACUAUUCAAUAUACCAAAGUAACCGUGGUGUCUCAGAUAUGAACACCAAGUUGAUAGCCCUGAAAGCAAAGAAGCACUUAUCUGCGAUUGGGUGGUCUUUCUAUCACCACAUGAAAGGAAGCAAGAAGGAAUCACGAUACGUCUCACCGAGUGGUGUAUUGUAUUACUCCCUUAUUUCAGUAUGCGACUGGUGUAUUAAAAAUAAUGCUCUGUCUUCAAGUGAGCUGUCUCCUACCACAGGGAGAAUGGUAAAUGUGAAUAUUCUUCCAUUGGUCCCUAAGGAGUCUGUAGGAAAAUUUCGUUCAGUCAAUGAGAAACCUUUGAAUCUGUCAAAUGAGUCCUCUGAAAUCUCAAUGUUAAAAGAACUUGUUCCUUCAGUUGUUGGUGAAGUUUGUAAAACCAGAAUUUCGAGGAAGAAGAGAAAACCUGAUAAGUCACGUUGCAUUAGUGGCUCAGAGUUGUCCAAGAGACGAAGGAAAUCUUGUGGAUCAAUGAAUGUAAGUAGCUCCAUGAAUGCUGAUUCUCCAACCAGUGGUCGACGAUCAAGUAAAAGAGUUAGGGACAAAAUUGCAUCUUCUUCUCAACGAACUCCUCGAACUAUCUUGUCUUGGUUGAUUGACAAUAAUGUUGUUCUGCCAAGAACAAGCGUUUAUUAUCAUAAUAAGAAGAAUGGCCCUCCAUUAGCUGAAGGCCGAAUAGCUCGUGAAGGGAUCAGAUGUAAUUGCUGCGGAGGAAUCUUCUCUCUUUGUAAAUUUGAAAGUCAUGCUGGUAGCAUUAAUCACAGACCGUCAGCUCAUAUUUUCUUGGAAGAUGGGAGGUCUUUGUUGCAGUGCCAGUUGCAGCUGAAAAAACACAACACAAUCAGAUUUUGGAGGUCAGAGUCACGAGCAGUGAAGAAACGUGAACACAUUAAAACAAACGACUACAUAUGUUCUGUCUGUCACUAUGGAGGCGAAUUGGUCUUGUGUGACCAGUGUCCGUCCUCAUUCCAUACUCAAUGCCUUGGUCUAAAGGAGGUUCCUGAAGGUGAUUGGUUCUGCCGCUCGUGUUGUUGUCAAAUUUGUGGCCAGAACACACUCGAUGAAACAAAUGGACAAGACAGUUCUGUUCGCAUUUGUUGUCAAUGUGAGCACAGAUAUCAUGAUGAGUGUCUUAGAAAAGAAGGGAGUAAAGAUCGCAGUCGUAAAGGGUAUUGGUUCUGCAGAGAUACAUGUGAACAGGUAUUUUGUGGUCUGCACAAGAUUCUGGGGAAAUCAUUUCCUGUCGGGACUGAAAACUUGAAUUGGACUUUAGUGAAAUGCAUAAAAUCCGAAUCUUAUGAUCAUGAUGCAUCUGAUGAUGAGGAUUUAGUUGAGGAUUACAGUAAGCUUAAUAUUGCUGUGAGUGUGAUGCAUGAAUGUUUCGAGCCUGUCAAAGAGCCUGGCACUAGGAGGGAUCUGGUGGAAGAUGUUAUUUUCAGCAGAUGGUCAGAGCUCAAGCGUUUGAACUUUCAAGGGUUUUAUACAGUACUACUGGAGAAGAAUGAUGAAAUGAUUUCUGCAGCUACAGUGAGAAUAUACGGCAAAACAGUGGCAGAAGUCCCUUUGGUUGCCACACGCUUUAAAUAUCGACGACUUGGGAUGUGUCGGAUUUUGAUGGAAGAACUUGAGAAGAAACUCAUUGAAUUAGGAGUGGAAAGGUUUGUUUUGCCAGCCGUGCCUUCUGUAUUAAACACUUGGACCAUGGGAUUUGGGUUCUCUGUGAUGAAUGAAUCAGAAAGAUUAAAGCUUCUGGACUACACCUUCUUAGACUUCCAGGGGACAAUAUUUUGCCAUAAAGUUCUGACAAGCAAUCCUUCCCCAGUAGCAUCAAGCCUACUUACUGGAACACAGGCAGAAAGUUGUGACCAUGUGAACAAAAAUGUCAACGUUGAGUUAAAUGGAAACAGUACAGUUUCUGAAGAUUUUCACGGGGAAGUAGUAGAAGAGACCGAUAUUAUGGUGCGAGGAUCUACAGGAGUUGCAGCAGUUUCAGACAGAGAGAAUGGCAAUUGCUCGGAUCAUUUAGCCAUUGUGGUGGAUCAAUCAGAACCCUCUAACUGCUCGCCUUUGAACCUCAAGAUCGUGUUAGAGUUCCCUUCAGGAGUGACUGCUAACAAACCAGAUGAAAACAAAACCGAGGGAGUUAUUAAGUGCUACAAGCGAAGGAAAUAUUUAUCAUGCUGAGAUUUUGUUGGUGAUGUGUAACAAAACCCUGAAUUUUUCCUCUCUACAAGUCUGACCUAAUCCUUGUAAAGCACACGCAAUUUUGGUGCAUAGCUGAGUAGUAGUUGAAAGCUAUGCAUGAAUUUUACGAGCAGAUGACUAGAUAUCCACGAUACAAUCGAUUUCUGCUCGUUUAUAUUCGCAGUAGGUAACAUUAUUGGUGAAAGUCCUCUUUUUGGCCAAGCUUGUUCUUCCCGAGCAUCAUGUGAAGGUCCAUUGUGAGUCUUUCGACUAUAACCUUUCCUGAUUUUUUUUUUAGUGUACUUCCUACUUUUGUUUGCUUACUGUUGGGAAAUGAUUAUGAAUUCACCAUGAAAGUCCAAAAUGGACAACUCAAGUUCAAUUUGGUUUUCUUGCUUUUUUAUGUGAAAUGUGUAAUCAUUAAUAAUUAUUAUUAUCACAAUUGACAGUGACUCUAGGAUAGCUUUUGAACCAUCCACAAGUGAUGUGUGAUGAAUGGUAAUGGUGAUGAAAAG